CUUAUUAGCUUGCACCGUUGCAUAUAAACAACUACCUCUCACCUUCACAUUAUAUUUAUUUUCUGCCAUUGCUGUGUUCUCAAACAACACCUUACUACUUUCUCUCUCUCUCUCUCUCUAUAGCUCCCCAAGAGGCUCAUCAUAAAGAGUUAAAGACAUAAAUCAUAUUUGUGUGAGGCACACCUUCAGCUUCAGAGGAUUAUUUAUUAUAUUGAGAUGGCAAUGACAAAUGGAAACAGCGGCGGUUUCAAAGUAAGCGUGAAGCUAACAAGUGAACCAAGUCUAGUUGCUCCAGCAGAAGAAACAAAGAAAGGAAUGUAUUUUCUAUCUAACCUUGACCAGAACAUUGCGGUGAUCGUGAGAACCGUAUACUGCUUCAAAAGCGCGGAGAGGGGGAACGAGAAGGCGGCGGUUGUGAUGAAGAACGCGUUGAAGAAGGUGCUUGUAGAGUAUUACCCUCUUGCUGGGAGGCUGAGCAUAAGUUCAGAGGGGAAGCUUAUAGUGGACUGCACAGGUGAGGGUGCACUGUAUGUGGAAGCUGAAGCAAACUGUGAAAUGGAAGAGAUUGGUGAUAUCACAAAGCCAGACCCUGCUACUCUUGGUAUGUUGGUUUAUAACAUACCUGAUGCAAAGCACAUACUUCAGAUGCCUCCUUUGGUUGCCCAGGUGACUAAGUUCAAGUGUGGAGGAUUCUCUGUUGGAUUGUGCAUGAACCACUGCAUGUUUGAUGGAAUAGGAGCCAUGGAGUUUGUGAACUCAUGGGGAGAAGUAGCAAGAGAGCUUCCACUCUCAAUUCCUCCAUUCCUAGACAGAAGCAUUCUGAAGGCAAGGGAGCCACCAAAGAUAGAGUUUAUUCACAAAGAAUUUGCUGACAUAGAAGACAAGUCAAGCACCAACACCUUGUAUGAAGAUGACAUGGUUUAUAGGUCCUUCUGCUUUGACCCUGAGAAGCUCAAGAGCCUCAAGGCUAAGGCAAUGGAAGAUGGGGUUCUUGAUUCUUGCACCACUUUUGAAGUGCUCUCUGCGUUUGUCUGGAUUGCAAGAACCAAGGCUCUCAAGAUGUUGCCGAACCAAGAGACUAAGCUUCUCUUUGCUGUUGAUGGCAGGGCCAAGUUUAAUCCUCCUCUUCCCAAAGGAUAUUUUGGAAAUGGAAUUGUGCUCACAAAUUCUGUCUGCCAAGCAGGUGAACUUACAGAAAAGCCCUUCUCGUAUGCUGUGAGUCUAAUUCAAAAUGCAAUAAAGAUGGUGACAGACAGUUAUAUGAGAUCAGCAAUAGAUUAUUUUGAGGUGACAAGGGCAAGGCCAUCACUGGCAUGCACCCUUUUGAUCACAACAUGGUCAAGGUUGUCAUUUCACACCACUGAUUUUGGUUGGGGUGAGCCUGUUCUCUCAGGCCCAGUUUCAUUGCCUGAGAAGGAAGUCAUCUUGUUCCUUUCUCAUGGCAUUGAGAGGAGAAACAUCAAUGUCCUUCUUGGUUUGCCUGCUCCUGUCAUGAAGAUCUUCCAAGACUUGAUGAUGCAGAUCUAAAUGUUCAUGUAUCUUAUCUUAUAUUAUGUUACAUAUGAUUCUGUUCUGAUGCUUAUUUGUUCCCUAUAUUAGUAAUAUCUUUAUUGUGUCAUUAUUUGUUUUAAGGGAGUAGUGACCUUAUUCUGUUUUAUAGUAAUUGAAUGAAGCCUUCCUUAUAUU